AGGAAGAAGAUGAAGAAGCCACCGGAAGCAUGCAACUGUCAGCUUUGUAACAACAGUCCAACGCUGCAUUUUUAAUUGAACAAAACAAAACAAGACCGGACUGUAGAGCCAUUUCAUUACAUUGCUACAUUACAUUGCUAUGUGGUGAUCGCUGUUUGAGAAAGCAGCAUGGAUCCGUCUGAGUCAGAGGGAGUGGAUGCCGCCGGUCCCGUCCCAGAACAGAGUCCCAAACCCGAGCUUUCUGCAGCGAUGCGGGCUAAAAUCGAGAGGAACCGGCAGCGCGCCUUGAUGCUCCGGCAAGCCCGACUAGCGUGUCGCCCUUUGUCCACUGUGGAGGGCGCAACUUCGGCCAAAGUCUCCAAGACCAUCGACUCCGGCGCCGGCUUCUUUAUCGAGGAGGAGGAGGAGGACAAAGAGGAAGAGCAGAGGACCAGGAAGGUUGUGCAUCAGCCAGCUCCGGUGAUCGAGCCAGACUACCUGGUGUGCGAUGAUUGUCAAAAACCCUUUAUGGACUCGUACCUCAGCAACAGCUUUGACCUGGCUGUCUGUGACAAGUGCAGAGACAACGAGGAAAAGCAUAAGCUGAUCUCCCGAACUGAGGCCAAGCAGCACUACCUGCUGAAGGACUGUGACCUGGACAAGAGAGAGCCUCCGCUCAGGUUUAUACUAAAGAAAAACCCUCAUAACUCACACUGGGGAGACAUGAAGCUCUACCUCAAACUACAGGUGGAGAAGAGAUGUAUGGAGGUGUGGGGUUCGGAGGAGGCCCUGCAGGAAGCCAAAGAGACGAGGGAAGAGAACAAAGAGGUGCAGAAACAAAAACGCUUCAACAAGAAGGUCAAAGAGCUGCGCAGGGCGGUGAGGAGCAGUAUGUGGACCAAAGACACCAGCGUCCACCAGCAUCAGUACGGACCAGAGGAGGUGGUGGAUCCGGAGGAGGACCUCUACAAGAAAACCUGCACUACUUGCGGACAUGAACUCACCUACGAGAAGAUGUAGACACUCUCACACACCAACACGGACCGCUACGGGUUCAGUCUACAAGGAGAUGAUGUUUGGUGCUUCUGUUGGGAACCACGCCUCUCACAAAUCCUCCACCCCUCCAGCUGUGUUCCUUCUAUCUGGAUUACUAGUGCUAUUUUUUUUCAUAAAACACUCCAUCCUGAUCACAUACAAGGGGCCAAAAUCUCCUGUGUGUCACUCGCAGGCUGUUAUAGGUCAGUCGUAAUUUCUAUUUUCAACAGCUGUUACUGACCUCAGCUUGAACUACUGUAUAUGUAUAGCAGAUUGCCUUUUCGGUCCACUGCCUAUUGCUACACUUCCUGUUACUUUUGUAGCAUGUAGAGAUUCACUCUGGCAAAUGGGCAAAUCAAGGAAGGCACGAUUUUGAAACUUGAAAAUAACGUCUUGCUUAAAAUAGUGAAGUAAUGUGGGGCCCGUUUUAUGACUGGAACAGAACUGACCAGUAAGAUUAAAACUUU